CUUAUAACUUUAUUGACAGGCUGACAAUCCUCCGUCCCUCACACGGACCCGGGUGUAUAGAACUACUGGUGGGUUCAGAGACUGAGGGGCCCCAUGUGAGGAGCCCGAUACCAGGAGGGGCCCCAGGAGCUCCACACCUCGGUGACCCCGCCGCACCGGUCCGUCCACCUCGGCUCUUCCUGCCCCCGUCCCUCCUCCCCGCCAUUCCCGCCUCCUCCUCCUCUCUUCCCCCCUCCUUCCCGAUCUUCACACAACACAAGGAAGGAGCCGGAGCCGCCCGUCCUCCCGCACUCACACCCGGUCACCGCAGCCUCUCCCCCCGACAGCCGGAGCCAUGAGCUGGGGCACGGAGCUGUGGGAUCAGUUCGAUAAUUUAGAGAAACACACACAAUGGGGAUUAGACUUCCUGGACAAGUAUGCAAAAUUUGUCAAAGAAAGAUUAGAAAUCGAGCAGAACUAUGCAAAACAGCUUAGGAAUUUGGUGAAAAAGUUUUGUCCAAAACGUUCUACGAAGGAUGAAGAGCCAAGAUUUACAUCAUGUAUAGCAUUUUAUAAUAUACUGAACGAGCUGAAUGACUAUGCCGGACAGCGGGAAGUAGUGGCCGAGGAGAUUGGACACAGAGUGUAUGCAGAAAUAAUGAAGUAUUCCUACGAGCUGAAGGCCGAGCGCAAAUCGCAUCUGCAGGAGGGGCGGAGAGCACAGCAGUACCUGGACAUAUGUCUGAAACAGAUGGACAGUAGUAAAAAGAAGUUUGAGAGAGAAUGCAGAGAAGCGGAGAAGGCGCAGCAGACGUUCGAGAAACUGGAUAAUGACUCCAAUGCCACAAAAUCUGACGUGGAAAAGGCAAAACAGCAGCUGAACCUGCGCACCCAUAUGGCGGACGAAAGCAAAAACGAAUAUGCUGCACAACUACAGAACUACAACGCAGAACAACACAAACAUUUCUACAUUGUUAUUCCUCAAGUUUACAAGCACCUUCAGGAGAUGGAUGAGAGGAGGACAACGAAGCUGGGCGAGUGCUACAAAGGUUUUGCUGAUGCUGAGCGAAAAGUUAUCCCCAUCAUCUCCAAAUGUUUAGAAGGAAUGGUGCAGGCGGCCAAGUCCGUGGAUGAUCGCAGAGACUCUCAGAUCGUUGUGGAUUGCUUUAAAUCUGGAUUUGAGCCCCCUGGAGAUUUCCCCUUUGAAGACUACAGUCAGCACAUGUACCGAACGAUUUCUGAUGGAACAAUUAGCACCCCGAAGCCGGAAGUAACCAGAGGCGACCCCAAAAUAUCAAUGGGAAAGGCUAAAGGCAAACUGUGGCUCUUCGGGAAGAAACCCAAGUGGUCACUGAGGAUGGGCCCGGCCUUAGAAGAUUUUAGUCACCUUCCCCCGGAGCAAAGACGGAAGAAACUGCAGCAAAGAAUUGAUGAGCUGAAUCGGGAGCUUCAGAAGGAGAUUGAUCAGAAAGAGGCUCUGAAUAAAAUGAAAGACGUCUAUGAGAAGAGCCCACAGAUGGGAGACCCCAGCAGCUUGCAACCAAAAAUAGCAGAAACGAUGAGUAACAUUGAGAAGCUUCGGAUGGAAAUACAUAAAAAUGAGGCUUGGCUGUCAGAAGUGGAAGGCAAGGUGGCGCAGAGGAGUGAGCGGCGGCACAGCACAGAGGCCAACCACUUGGUGGCACAAGGAAGAGAGAGUCCGGAAGGCAGUUACACAGAAGACUCAAAUCAAGAACACAGAAUCCAACCUCAGCCGGCCGCACAUCCAGAAUUUGACGACGAGUUUGAUGACGACGACCCCCUCCCCGCUAUUGGACAUUGUAAAGCGAUCUAUCCGUUUGAUGGUAAUAAUGAAGGCACCCUGGCUAUGAAAGAAGGAGAAGUCAUGUAUAUUAUUGAGGAAGACAAAGGCGACGGCUGGACAAGAGCAAGACGGCAGAACGGCGAGGAAGGCUACGUGCCCACGUCUUACAUAGAUGUUACUCUAGAGAAAAACAGUAAAGGUUCCUGAAGAGAAAGUGUGUCUGUGAAUCUGGGCGCGAUGUGGAAGGCGUUUUACAUGCAGCUUCUAUUAAGGGGAGGGGAUUAGGCCCGGGGGGACACAUGUGAGAGCAGCAGCACGCAUGAACGCAUGAUACAUACAUGUCCUUCACUAACUUCCAGGCGCCACAAAUUUUGUUACGUGUAAUACGGUGCGAUUUUUCACAACGAAAAAUGCACCUCGUCACAGUCCAUUGUUCCAUUCUUAUUUUUUAUAUUACAAAUGUAACUGGAAAACAAACUAGUGAAUGUAUUGUGCUGCACCCCGAUGGCCGACCCUCCCAAAGCUGAUCUUCUCUGAUACUCUGAAUGUCCUACCUUCUUCCGAAUCAAAAAUAUAAUAAAUAAAUAAUCCCCUAAUUUUCCAAAUUGCAGAUUCCUCAUUUCCACAAUGCAGCUCUGCAGAUAUUCACUAGUGUUUUUCGCCUCUUUCGCCUGCAGGUUUUUAUCUUGCCCGUGUCUGCCUGUGCCAUCUGCAUCGACCCUAACCCUUUAGACUUGCAUGAACCAUGUUUCUCACCUUAACUUUUCUUUCAGUCUUUAUUUUCCUCCACAGUCUCUCCUGCCUGAUCGCCUUCCUAUCAAAACCACUAUAUAUAUAUAUAUAUUUUUUCCACUAAACAUCAUCAGGCCAAUGCUCCCAUAUGUUGUUUUUGCUGCUACGACUGUCCAUCAUCCUCUCCGAUAACUUAUUACAUUCCAGUUUUUGUUUUUUGAGACAUCGAUAACCUUGUAUGUGUUUGUGUCACUUACACCUGCACCAUUCCUGGGCAAGAGGACUCUCUGAAAUCUGGUUUUAUAGUUUGUUGCUCUGUGAUCCGAAAGAUGGUUCUACGUGUGGAGGCCGCAGAGCGACUGGCCAAAGACGGAAGAUCUUCAAUGUUCUGUAGACCGCCCCGACUACUUUCCAUUCAGACGCUGCCUUAAACUGGAGUGCCUAGGAGGUCGUUGCCAACGUUAUUGCUACCAGAUCGAUUAUUUCCAUAGUUAUCAAUCGGCUUUGGCUCAACGAUUGGUGACCCUGUCCUCAGGGAAGAACCUUUUUAACAUCGUAUUUUACUAGUUUCGUGGACCAGUUCAUCUAUAAACUUUGGUUCGUUGCGGCUUCUGAGGAUAGGGCUUGAGACAAAAGCCGUUCUAGCAUCCUCCCUUUUUCUCUUCUUCGAUGUAUGAAGGUCGGAACGCGAUUCUUUACGCACCGGGGAUGUCUACUGUGCCACAGCUGCUGAAGCAGCCAUCGUAGGUGUUUUUCUUAUGGUUAAGUAUUCUGGAUAGACUGUGCUAGAAUCAAGACCAUGCAACUCAGUGUUUCCUAACCUGUGGCUCUCCAGCUGGUGCAAAACUACAACUCCCAUCAUGCACCGACAAAACUGUUGCAAAAUUAUAAUGUUGCAAAUCCACAAUUCUCGGGAUGCCUCGACAGAACUGUUGAAAAAACUAUAAUUGUUGCAAAACUACGAUUCUGAUAAUGCCUUGACAAAACUUUAAAAAAAAAAAAAAAAAAAGUAGCAAAAUUUCAUUUCUCAUGCGUUGACAAAACUGUUACAAAAAAUUUGUUUUAGUUUUGCAACAUUUGUAAACCAAAAAAAUGACAACUUAAUUUUGCAACAGUUUUCUCAGGGUGUGAGAUUUGAAACUUUCCUACCUUAUGUUUUUUUAUGUUUUGGAACAGUUAUCAAGACAUAAUGCGAAUCGUAGUUUGCAACAAUUAUAUAGGUUUUGCAACCGGUUUGUAAAAGCAUCGCGAGAAUUGUAGUUUUGCAACAUUAUCAUUUUAGUUUGAAAUUUUGCUAAAUUGUCAAGGCAUGAUGGGAAUUGUAGGUUUGCAACAUUUGUAAAAAAUAAAUAAAUAAACUUACAGCUCCCGUCAUGCUUUGACAACUUAGCAAAAUUUCUAAUUUCAUACUCUUGACAAAACUGUUGCAAAAC